AUGGCGACAGGCACCGGUGCCGUGAAGCGUCGCCGCGCAUCAUGCCCGAUCCCUCCUCUCACUCGUGUCGUCCUCCAGCCACGGGACAGUGUCGCCGUCCUACUGCAGGAACUCCUCCGCUGCCCCUUGUCUCGUCCACACGUCGCCCAGCGACCUCCGCCACCAGUCGCGCCUUCUUCUGCGGCGUCGCCUCGCCAUGGCACCGUGCCUCGCCGCCUCGGCCUCACCAACCUCGCCGAGACCCUGCCUUUGUCUCUGGUCGCCACCAGCGAGCAACAUCGCUGGAGCCACGCUCCCAGCGCCACCACGAGCGCCCGCAUCCGUCGUCCUCCGCGUCCAAUAGGAGCCCCAGCAACAAUCGCCAUCGUCCUCGCCCUGUCGACCAGCCGGCUCCGCUUCCUGCAUGGACGCAAGGCCGCCUCCAGACGGCCGGAGACCUCGGACACGCCAAGUACCCCUUCGUUUCGACGAGACCAGCAAGUUCGAAGAACGCCAAGUUCGACGACGCUCUCCGCCCGAACGACUACCGCCGAUUCGUACCUCUCCAUUGUCGUGGGUUUCGUCAAGUUCAACGGUGAACCCCGAAGCCCUCGGAUUCGUCAAGUCCGAAGAUGCAAGUACCACUCUGAACCAUGUACGACGACCGUCGCCGAAGACCAGUGUACCGCGAACGUCAAGUUCGACUAGCGUCGCGUGAACCACUACUUCCACUAUGAACGCGAACGACUACCGUCGCGGAACAACAACUUCCUCUACUUCCCUCAACGAACUCGAACCGUCCCGUUUGCACACUUCGAAGGUAUAAUCUCGAGACGAUGUCCGUGUACGAAUGCUUGUGAUGUUUG